GUUACCCUCAGCGGGAUCUUACUGAAGGGCAUUGUCGCUGACAUUGGCUUCCGAUUGUUCGUGGCAGUGUACACUCCCGCCCUCGUGCGCGCGUAUCCGAGAAGGUCGUCGAUGAGGACGUUUGUGAAUCCCCAAAGCCUUCCAUCCUCAUCCCGGGCAUUGGGCUCGUUGUCCCUUCCCAUCUUUUCCCGAUGCUCGAGCCUCAUUUUGCCCGUGCCUUUCUUGACAGUCCUCGUCUGCAAGCUUGUCGCUGCUCACGGACGAAGAAGUCAUCCUUCUGGUGAGAUCGCCGUGUAUGCGCUUGAGAAGAUGCUUGGUGGCUUCGAUAGGGCGGGCACGAUCCGUCGUGCAUUGAUAUCUCGUGCUUCGAAGACCAAGAUGCUUGAGCACUCAGAUGUCCCCACGGCCAACUACGACUAUUCCCGCGUAAUGGGUGCAUGCUGCGAGAACGCCGUCGCUUACAUUCUCAGCCCACCUGGUAUCGCUGGCCCUCUGAAGAUCGAUGGCGAAAUGUACCCUAUUCCCAUGGCCGCCACCGAGGACACACUUGCUGGCUCUACCUCUCGCGGAUGCAAGGCGCUCAACUCUGGCAGAGGUGUCACGACCAUUGUCACCUACGACGGCAGGACUCUUGGAUCUGCCAUCAACUUCCCGAGUAUCAUGCAGGCCACCGCCGCUCGCGCAUGGAUCGAGAGCUCCGAGGGCUAUGACAUUGUCAAGGAGGCCUUCGAGUCUACCUCCCGCUUCGACAAGCUCCAGAGCGUCAAGUGUGCCAUGGCCAACCGCACACUGUACGCUCGUUUCACGACUCGCACCGGCGACGCGAUGGGCAUGAACAUGAUCUUGAAGGCGACGGAGAAGGCGCUCGAAGUCUUGGGCGAGGAGUUCCUAGAGAUGGUCGUCCUCGCGCUUUCGAGCUCGCCGCGAUCAGUUGGAUCGAGGGCCGUGGCAAGGGCAUCGUCGCCGAAGUCACCAUUCUCGGCAAGAUCGUCAAGACUGCUUAAAACCACUGUCGAGGCGCCGUGCAGCCCGAACACCAAGAUGAACUCGGUCAGCAGUGUGAUGGCUGGCUCGGUCGGAAGGCUCGAUACCCAUGCGGCCAAUAUCUCGACUGCUGCCUUCUACCAGUCAGAACUCUGCGCAGAACGUCGAGAACUCCAGCUGCAUGACGUUUAUGGAACCGUGAGUAGAGCCCAAACUUCACCGAUAUUCAUCGCUUACCCGCGCUCGCUGCAGAACGAGCAGCGGCGAAGACCUACGGUCUCAAUGCCGUGUAUCGAAGUUGGCUCCGUCGGCAGUGGUACCGUCCUCGCCCCUCGGCAAGUUGUCCCCAAGAGCGCUCAUCAAGCGAACCCUGGCCAGAGCGCCCAACAGCUCAAACCCUAACCAGAUCGCGGCUGACACCCUGCAGGAUGGCGGUUUUCUUCUCAGCUACCCCGGACUCGCCGUGACUCUGCUCUGAAACCUGCAUCGCUGCUCGCUCUGAGCGUUAAGGCAUCUCACUGCAGUCUCUUCCUACAUCUUCUACAGAAAGAAAACCAUUCCGGUUCCCUAUCCACGAUAUUCCUGGCCAAGUUUCGGUUGGUCCGAAAUCGUCUCGUUGCCGGUCAUUAUGCCGCAUAAAUACGCACUCCAGUCUACUACUCUCUUCCUGCCGUCGACUUCAUCAUUCCAUGGACGCAUCGCUGUACAAGCACCUUGUCACCUCUCGCGGUCUUGCACAGCGCUACUGCAUCUCCCUUCCUCAGUCCUCCAAGCUGAUCCUGCUAUUUUACCGUGGCUCACCAUCCACGUCGCAGCUAGCGCCACGUUAUGCCUCGCUCGAACGACAAGGGCUACGGCGUGCUCGCCUUGGACAUGCUCGGCUGUGACGGGGUAGACAAACUCACCGACCCUGUGGCGUGCGUCCCAAGCCUGAUAUCGGUGAUGUCUUGAAUGCCAAGAAGCUUGAGAAGGUCAUCGCUAUCGGAUAUGACUAGGGUUGCAAGGCGAUCUCGCGCCUCACAAACUACGAUCUCGCGCCUCACAAACUAUGAUCUCGAGCGAAUCCUCACCUACGUCUUCUUCGCCAUCUCCUUCGUACAAAUGCUACCCUCGGUGGACUUCCAAGUGUUUCCGAGCUUCCUGAAGCAGCACCUCUGGUACGAGACACUAGGUCAAUGGAAGCUCGAGUAGCCGGACGCAAACGAGGUCAUUCAGAUGCAUCGUCGUAUUUCCGCACGGCCCUACGAUCUGUAAGGAGCACCUAGCCGUGACGGGCACACUCGAGCAGAGCUUGCUCGACGGCUUCACUUCGCUCCGGCUACCUUAUCUGUCCAAGGAAGACGCGAAACACCUUGUAGAGACUGUCAAGUGCAAUAACAACGACGUGCUAGUUCAAGAUAACGACGAGCGAGCUGUCCACCAAGGACGACCAGUAGAUCCUGCCGCGGCGCAGGUUUCCGCUGGCCAGCGUGCCAAUAUACUUCGCCGCGGCGAAGAACGACUAUGUCUGCCUUCCAGGACCGGUUAUGCGGUCUUCGCGCGCAGGUAUUCAUCGGGCACAGCGUGACGAUGAAAGAGUACGACGGGGACCACUGGCAGAUGGGAUUGUCCAAGAUCGUGAGGAGUGGAUCGAAGGCGCUGCAGCCACGAAAGCCGACUGUAGGUGCCGAAGAUGCGGUUGCUGAUGCCUCCUUCGUAGAUGUCGUGUCCGCGUUUUAGUUCCUUGCCAGCCGUACAACGGCUUGAAUUUAUUAC